AUGAAGUUCCUGAUCCUCGCCUGUGUCGCCGCCGUGGCCGUUGCCGCCCCUCAAUACAGCUACGAUGGUCCUCGUGCUGCGUCCAGUGAGGAGCGUGAGUUCGUCCCAAUCCUCAAGGACGACCGUGUCCACGAGGAAGACGGAACCUACAACUUCGAUUUCGAAGCUGCCAACGGCAUCAGCUUCUCCCAGGCUGGAUCCCCCGAUGGUGAUGAGGACGCGGUGAUCAAGGCUGGAGAAUACUCAUACACUGCUCCUGACGGCACUGAAAUCCAUCUCCGUUAUGUGGCUGACGAGAACGGCUUCCAGCCCCAGGGUGACCACCUGCCCAUCGCCUUCGCCGCCGAGGAGGACCGCAAACGCGCCCGCAGCGACGACUCCGAUGAAGUUUCCGCUCCUUCAGGACUCUACGGCCACCCCAACUAA